AUGCCAAUCAGCACCACCGUGGCUUGUGGACAGCAAUUGCUAGCCGAAGGAAAAGAAGAUAUGCAUUUUUUUGUUCGAGAUGCGCGAACGAUCAAGUUGUCGGUCGUUUUGGAUGUGUCCCUUCUGGAUAUGAAGCUAAUGUUCGCUCCAGCGUUGACGAAACGUGGCGUUGUCGUACAGCUUGAUCGCGAUCAAGCGACGCAAGUGGUGGAUGAAGAAGUGCCAUGCGUGAUUUAUCGAUAUGGUAAGCUAUCUGUGUGGCAUUUACAGCAGCUCAAGGGAGAAUAA